AUGGCAACGUCCAAGGUGUUAGUCUUAUCGCUUAUUUGGUCAGUUUUUUGCUUUUAGUGAUGACAAGGUACCGUCGGGGCCAGAGAAGAAGAAGAGACCGAAUCGUCUGAUUGUUGACGAGGGUACAAAUGACGACAACUCCAUUGUUGGCCUUUCACAGGUAACCCGUCCACUGUUUCUUGUAUUUUAAGGCCAAAAUGGACGAGUUAAAACUCUUCCGUGGAGACACUGUCAUUAUCAAAGGAAAAAGACGGAAGGACACUGUGUGCGUUGCGCUUGUGGACGACAAUUGCCCUGAUGAACGUAUUCGCAUGAACCGAUGCGUUCGAAAUAAUCUUCGUGUCAGGUUGGGUGAUGUGGUUUCCGUACAAGGUUUUCCGGACAUUAAGUACGGAAAACGUAUUCAUGUGCUGCCCAUUGAUGAUACCGUUGUCGGACUGACGGGGUAGGCUACUCCUUUAAUCUUGACUCCCAUUAGUGGCCUGUUCGAAGUUUACUUAAAGCCAUACUUCCUGGAAGCGUACAGGCCCAUUCGAAAAGACGAUGUUUUCAUCGUCCGUGCUGCUCAUCGUCCUGUCGAAUUCAAAGUUAUUGAGACGGACCCCUCACCCUAUUGCAUUGUUGCACCAGACACAGUCAUACACACAGAUGGAGAACCUGUGAAGCGUGAAGUAAGUGCGUUUCUUCAAUUCUUGAUGCCAUCGUUUAGGAGGAGGAAGAGAAAUUGAGCGAAAUCGGUUAUGAUGAUAUUGGUGGUUGCAGAAAACAGCUGGCCCAAAUAAAGGAAAUGGUCGAAUUGCCACUAAGGCACCCGCAACUGUUCAAAGCUAUCGGGGUGAAGCCACCCAGAGGAAUUCUUCUAUAUGGACCACCCGGCACUGGGAAAACCCUUAUCGCACGUGCGGUGGCAAAUGAGAGUGGGAGUUUCUUCUUCCUAAUUAAUGGUCCGGAAAUAAUGUCCAAACUUGCUGGCGAGUCAGAGUCAAACCUCCGCAAAGCCUUCGAGGAAGCUGAAAAGAACUCUCCUGCAAUAAUUUUCAUCGACGAACUAGACGCCAUAGCCCCUAAACGCGAGAAAACACAUGGUGAAGUUGAGAGGCGAAUUGUGUCUCAGUUGCUGACACUUAUGGAUGGUCUUAAACAGAGAAGCCAUGUCAUAGUCAUGGCCGCUACAAAUCGCCCUAACAGUGUGGACCCAGCUUUGCGUCGUUUCGGCAGAUUUGAUCGUGAAAUUGAGAUCGGAAUUCCUGACAGCAUUGGUCGUCUUGAAAUCCUCCGUAUUCACACAAAAAAUAUGAAAUUAGCUCCUGACGUCGACCUUGAGCAGAUUGCCAAUGAGGCUCACGGCCACGUCGGCGCAGAUCUAGCAUCUCUCUGCUCUGAAGCUGCCUUGCAACAAAUUCGCAACAAGAUGGAUCUGAUCGACCUGGAGGAGGACGCGAUCGAUGCGGAGGUCCUUGACUCACUUGCCGUUACUAUGGAUGAUUUCCGCUGGGCCCUGGGCAAGAGUAACCCAUCCGCUCUUCGCGAGACCACCGUAGAAGUGCCGAACGUUACCUGGGAAGAUAUUGGUGGCUUAGAGAAUGUGAAGCAUGAGCUCCAAGAAAUGGUCCAGUAUCCUGUGGAACACCCAGAUAAAUUUUUGAAGUUUGGUAUGACACCCAGCAAGGGUGUGUUGUUCUACGGGCCUCCUGGCUGCGGGAAAACCCUUCUGGCCAAAGCCAUUGCCAACGAAUGUCAGGCCAAUUUUAUCAGUAUUAAGGGUCCGGAACUCCUUACCAUGUGGUUUGGUGAAUCCGAGGCCAAUGUGCGCGACAUAUUCGAUAAAGCGAGACAAGCGGCCCCAUGCGUACUGUUUUUCGAUGAACUGGACUCCAUUGCAAAGGUAAACAGCAUUAUUUUUUUUAAACGAACGCCUCGUGUUUUGUCGUUACCUAAUGCAGAUUACCUGAGUAGUAACCAUUGUCUGUCCAGCUUUCUUGUCUAGAAAAUAGCCGUCCGAAAUAUCCAUAACUUCUUCCGUUGUUUCUUGUUGUUAGUGCGUUGUCUUUUUAAGCUCUCUUUGCUUAUGAAUAAUCGGGACAGUCUUCAUGCAUUUGAAAGUCGUUUUGCCAGCUUUAUGUUUUAGAUGACAAAAAUAAUACAAGUGAAAUAAACCACCGCUUCAUCUGCGUUCGUAGUGUUACGUUUGUAUUUAAAAGAACCUUUAGUCUGUAACUGCAACUACAGUUUUCUCAUCAAAAUAGGUGCCACGCUCAUUACUCUUCAUAUCGGAUAACUGUGCUGCAUCUUCCCCGUACUAAUAUGCAUUCCUAUUGAUACAUUAUAAAUGCUGAAUGUGUAGUGUUUAGGACGUAGUGAGGACUUAGUCCAGGUACCAUGGUAAAGACCUACUUAAUGGGGCUUGUAGCUCCCCUUCGGGAACUUGAAGCGUAGGCUCUUAGUCGUGUAAUGUGUCAACCAGGCUACUGGCUGGGUGUUUGGAUUCUCAUUGAGUAUUAUCGAAGGAGUCGAUAAUGGAAGAGGCCGUUUGUGACCUGCUUGCAGUCGGCUACACUCAAACUCCCCUGUAAGUCAACUCCAGACCAGAAUUCAGAUUCACCUGGCCAUUAGCCCUGGUGCUUUACCACUUGACUUACGUUUUCGGGUACUGUCGGCUGUGAUGGGGAAUAUUCAACGUCUCGUUGAGAUAGGUGAGUGUGGCUCGAUCAUGUGACGGAAUACAGCCGUCCCGUCUUGCCGCGCGCUUCUAGCCUAAAGCCGUCGCAUGAAGAAAGGCAGUCAGUACUCAUGAGAUACAACUAACUCGUGCUUGAGGCGAGACCACAGCGAAACAAAGUGGCAGUAUUCCGUCCUGGUUUGUCAGCGUCACACCCAGGCUUGUUGUGGCACUGUUUGGCAAUACUCUAAGUAUGAAUCGUAGGAGUAUUGACGUGUACGCCUUAUCGGUAGUUAUUUUUCAACCGUGUGACCAUGAAACUACUGCACCUUCAUAAAAUUUGUCAGUUGCCCAUUUGUUCAUUCUCGAUGACCGUUUACAAUGUUCAUUGAUUAGGCUCGUGGCGGCAGUGUCGGUGAUGCCGGCGGAGCAGCCGACCGUGUUAUUAACCAACUGCUGACGGAGAUGGAUGGAAUGUCUUCGAAAAAGAAUGUAUUUAUAAUUGGCGCAACAAAUCGACCUGACAUAAUUGACGGGGCGAUCCUCAGACCAGGCCGCCUGGAUCAACUCAUAUACAUACCACUGCCUGAUGAAAAAUCAAGAGUAUCGAUUUUCAAGGCCAAUCUUCGAAAGUCGCCCAUUGCGAAGGUACCUGAGAGCUAUGUUUCUGCAUGUUUAAUAACCAGUUAGUCAUGUUAUUGAUGUUAAAAUAGUUUGGGUUGUAAAAACAGACUUCGUUGCAUAUGUCCACCUGCUCUUAAGUAACCUAGGCUUUACUUUCCGCUUUCGUCUUAGGAUGUAGAUAUCAAUUUCUUGGCUAAGUCGACACCCGGAUUCUCGGGUGCUGACUUGACAGAAAUUUGCCAACGUGCUUGCAAGCAAGCCAUACGUGAGUCCAUUGAAGCUGAAAUACGAGCAGAACGCGAAAGACAGCGCAACCCCGCAGCCAUGGUAAGGCCGACUUACUCCUUAACUUACCCAACAGGAGGACGACAGUGAUCCAGUGCCUGAGAUAACUCGGAAGCACUUUGAAGAAGCGAUGCGAUUUGCACGUCGUUCAGUGACUGACAACGACAUUAGGAAGUACGAAAUGUUUGCACAGACUCUUCAACAGUCGCGCGGUAUGGGUGGAAACUUCAGGUUUGUCUUAACUGAUUUUCGUUAUUUUUACUCCACGUAAAAUAAAGUCUUCGCUGGCUCUAGUAGAUCACAUCCACUGCCACUGUAACUCGACCCAAGAUACGUCCUCCUAUUUCAGAUUCCCAACCGAAAGUGGUGGACCUGCCGGUGGUGCACCACCCGGUGGUGCGCCCCGCAAUCCUUACAACGACGGGGGUGCUGAUGAAGAUUUGUACUCUUAA